AUGGAUAAGUCUUGGAUGCUUAUUGAAGACAUAUUGCAUUCCACUGAGUAUGAUGAAGGUGUUAGGCAAUUCUUAGCCAUGGCACAAGUUCAUGCAGUGACAACUGAUCAAAUUAGGUGUCCAUGUAGGAGAUGCCGGAAUAGAGCUUUUCACUCUAUUCGUAUUGUGGAAGAUCAUUUGUUUUUAAAAGGGACUGAUCCAACCUAUACGGAAUGGAUUUUCCAUGGAGAAGAGGAUCCGAUCCUAAAUUCUACAUUCUCUGAUGAAGAAUUUGAUGAUGCAUCUUCUUAUAAUCACUACAUUGAUGAUGUCGACGAGAUGUUAGAUGACAUUCGUCAUGGGUCGUUUAUGGAUGAGGAAGGUAGCAAUGAAGGAAAUGCAAAUGAUAAUUAUCAACCCUCCACCUCAAAUGCUCCAACCAACUAUAAUUUCGACGAGUUGGUUGCUGACGCACGACAACCACUUUAUCCUGGAUGUGCUAAGUUCUCGAAGCUAUCAUUCAUCGUCAAGCUACUUCACAUCAAGAGCAUAGGUGGUUGGACAGUGAAGUCCUUUGACAUGGUGAUCAAGCUUUUGCAUGAUGCAUUUCCCGACGCUCUAUUUCCAGAUUCAUAUAACGAUGCUCGUCGCUUAGAGCGUGGCUUGGGCUUUAAUUAUGAAAAGAUACACGUGUGCCCAAAUGACUGUGUGUUGUUUUGGAAGGAAAAUGCAUCGUAUAAUGAAUGCCCUAAAUGUAAAGCAUCUAGGUGGAUUGCAAGCACAAGUGAGCAGCGGAUGAUACCACAAAAGGUUCUUCGAUACUUCCCCUUGAAGCCACGCUUGCAGAGGCUGUUCAUGUCAACGAACACAGCCCAAGCCAUGAGAUGGCAUAAAGAUGCACGUGUUGACGAUCCAACAUGCAUGCGACAUCCAGCAGAUUCAAGGGUAUGGAAAGACUUCAACAACAAACAUGUUGUCUUUUCCCAUGAUCCUCGCAAUGUUAGACUUGGGUUGGCGAGUGAUGGGUUUAACCCCUUCAAUAAUAUGAGUAGGCCGUACAGUAUUUGGCCGGUACUACUUGUGCCCUACAACUUGCCCCCUUGGUUAUGCAUGAAAGAUCCAUACACCAUGUUGUCGUUGCUAAUCCCUGGCCCUAAGUCACCAGGGAAUGAUAUUGAUGUGUUCUUGCGUCCUCUUGUUGAUGAGUUGAAGGAAUUAUGGGAAGAUGGUAUUCGAACGUUUGAUGCGUACAGUAGACAAAUGUUUAGCUUGCAUGCAGCACUACUUUGGACUAUCAAUGACUUUCCCGCAUACGCCAAUCUUUCUGGGUGGAGCACGAAGGGCAAGUUGGCUUGUCCUUCAUGUAGAUCUGACACAAAUUCACAGUGGUUGGUAUAUGGGCGAAAGCACUGCUAUAUGGGGCAUCGACGGUGGUUGCCACCAAAUCACAGUUGGAGACGGAAAAAGAACUCUUUUAACGGGUGCGAAGAGCAUGGACUCCAACCAUCAAGGGUCGAGGGAGAGGAUUUGCUAGAACAAUUACGUGAAGUUGCACAUUUCCAGUUUGGCAAAUCUACUUCGAAGAGGAAACGAACGCCGAAUCAACUAAAUUGGACCAAAAAAUCUAUCUUCUUUGAGCUACCCUACUGGUUAGAUUUGGGCUUGAGACAUAACCUUGAUGUCAUGCAUAUUGAGAAAAACAUAUGCGAUAGCGUGUUGGGAACAUUGCUGAAUAUUGAAGGAAAAACUAAGGACUCCGCCAAUGCCCGUCGUGAUUUGGCAAACCUUGGAAUAAGGAAAGAAUUGCAUUUACAACAUAAUGGGGACCAUAUGACUAUGAGUCUUGUGAAAUUUCCUGAUGGUUUUGCAUCGAACAUUGCCCGUUGUGUGAAUGCUAGUGAAGGGAAGAUCAGUGGAAUGAAAAGCCAUGACUGUCAUGUCUUCGUGCAAGCACUGUUGCCGGUUGUGAUUGGUGGGUUCUUACGGUCUGAUGUGCGUCAAGCCUUAAUAGAUUUAAGCUCGUUCUUUAAAGAAUUAUGUUCUCGAACUUUGAAAUUAUCAGUGUUAACAUGUCUUCAAGCUAAUAUUCCCAUCAUUCUCUGCAAACUAGAAAUGAUAUUCCCUCCAGCUUUUUUUGAUAUCAUGGUGCACCUUGCCAUUCACUUGCCAGAGGAGGCAUUCCUGGCAGGACCCGUGCAAUACAGGUGGAUGUACCCAUUCGAAAGGUAUCUAGGGAAGUUCAAGCGGUACGUCCACAACAAAGCGCGGCCAGAGGGCUCAAUUGCUGAGGCAUAUGUGCAUCUCGAGUGUCUUACAUUUUGCUCUAUGUACCUCCAUGAUAUUGAAACUAGAUAUAAUCGCGAGGAACGCAACAAUGAUGUUCGUAUUGGGACAACUGAUUUGGGAAAUGAGCCAAGUUUAUCUGUUUUCUCACAAAAGGUUAGACCAUUGGGUACAACAAGUUCUCACAAAUUAGCCGACACACUAUUGGUCAAGGCUCGAUGGGAGCACUAUAACAAGAUCCAAGAAGAGAACCCUCAGAACAUUGACCGUAGGCACCAGAGUCAAUUUCCAUCGUGGUUCAGAUCACGUAUUCGAGAGGUGCGUUCAGUUAGGCCUACUGCAGUAACCGAUGAGAUAUAUGCCUUAGCAUGUGGUCCAGAUCCGUGGGUUGCGUCCUAUGCUGGAUGCAUAAUGAAUGGUAUUCGUUUUCAUACGAAUGAGCGUGAAAGGCAUCGCCGAAGUCAAAAUAGCGGGGUGGUUGUGCAUGGCGAGCAUCAGGGAUCCCAUGUUGACUUCUACGGUGUGUUGCAUGAUAUUAUAGAGUUACGCUACAUGGGUUGGCGUAAGGUAUAUCUCUUUCAAUGCGCAUGGUAUGACAUUGGUGACCCGAGAAGAGGGAUACGUGUUAGGGACAAAUUGACGAUAGUCAAUACUGCUAGGCAAUGGUAUAAAGAUGAGCCUUUCAUUCUUGCCUUCCAAGCAAGUCAAGUCUUUUAUCUCAAUGAUCCAAUAUUGGGGGGAAGUUGGCAGGUUGUCCAUAAAAUUACAAGUAGGAAUGUUUACAACAUUCAUGCAAGUAAUACUGUUGAGGAUGGGAUGGAUAAUGACGAAACAUCAGAUGGUGACUCAGAUGAUGAGGUUGACAAUAACACUAACAAUUAUCCCCUAUUCUCGAGAGUGGACCAGCCAUGA